AUGGUAGUAAUAGAUUACUCUUCAAUGCCUAUUGAAUUAGAUGUGAAUAUCUGUUCAUCAUUUCUACGAACCUCACCGAAUCUUCGUUUCGUUUGCAACACUCCACCGCUGCUGAUAUUGCGGAGACCAUACCGAAUUAAUCAAACAUGUCCUAUGUUUGAUUUCGGCAGCUCUCCGGUAUUCAUUUUCGUACCGUUCAUAGCGUUCUCCAUAAUAUUUCUACUUAUCAUUCUUCUCAAAUCAUGCAUUGUGAUGAGCCGUUCUGACAUGCAACGCGGCUGGGCAACGCAAGCGCGUCGUUCGCGGCGCACGAUGACCACUCAGUCGACGGCAUCCGUCGAAAUCCAAACUACUCAACAUCCGGUCCCGUUCAUACCUCCGCCAGGAUAUUACUCUGAAGUGAUGGCGACGGAUUCAUCGGCUAUGUAUCCAAUGUAUGUGCCCCCUUAUGCAAUGAAUAGCACUCCACCGCUUUCUAUGCGAGAUCCUAGGCGAUUUCAGGGAAUUCCUGGCUUGCAAGCUCCUCCGCCCUAUCCACCACCGCCUAGCUACAGCCAAAUUCAAAACUUCCCUGAAUUACCAACGGUGAGCAAUGCUCGACUGGAUAAUCGAACUCCGUCACGAAACGGGAAGAAGUCCGACAUCACACCGGUGGAGUAG